UUAUUCAAUUCUUCGUCUAGUGUUGAUAUGCACAGAACGUUCUUUUAUUAUUGGCAUUGUAAGCUAACCAAUAAUUAUUGUUACACUUAAGGAUCGCGUGUAAUAUUAACAUAUUAUCGCUUCAAUAGAAAUGGAAUCUAAAGCGUUGAUAUUACCAACUCCGGACGCGAUCAAUGAAAUGUACAGUGAGUUGGACACGUCCGAGACAAAAUUGGACCUCGACGUAGAAAUUCUAAAGGAAUGGAUGCGAAAACAACCUCACCUUCCUAACCCGGACGACGGUGAAAAAAAAGUGGAUGAAUAUCGAAUCAAAAAUAUUUUGUUGAUGUGCAAGAAUAGUUUGGAGAAAACCAAAACAGCACUGGACCAACACUACACUAUUAAACGUUUAGUACCCGAGUAUUUCUCCAAUUGGGAUCCCGCUAAUCCAGAGUUAACUUCAUCAAUGGAACAAUCAUGUGUCUUUCCAUUUCCAAAACCUACACACGAGGGCUACAGAGUAAGCCUGUAUUGUGUAAGGGAUGGAUAUGCCGAUUGUAAAUAUGUAUUUAAUGAUAUUGUUAAAUUCAGUUUUAUGACACUCGAUCUCAGAAUCGGUAAGUUAGACAUGUGUAAAAAAAAUAUUAUCAUUGUGGAUUAUAAAAAUUUGACAAUGAAUCACGUAGCUGCCAUGUUACCGAGUAUUAAGAAAGUCGUUGCAAGUUAUCAUGCAGGAUUUCCAUCUCGGGUACAUUCAAUUCACAUAGUUAAUACAAACAGUUUCGUACAGCCAUUACUAAAUAUGGUUUUGAGUGCUCUAAAAAAGAAAACUUACGAAAGGGUGUUUAUUCACAAAUCGGCCGAAGAACUGAAAACUUACAUAGAUCCCAGUGUACUUCCACUAAACUACGGAGGAACUUAUCCAAAGACGUCUGAUGAAAUGAUAGUUGACUGGAAUCACGAAGUGAUGAAACACCGAGAAUGGUUUCUUAUUCAAACAUCAAUUGUUGCAGAUAACAGUAAACGCCCAAAGAAUUCCACUAAUAACUUGGAUAAUUUGGAAAAAACAAUUAUUGGAGGUUCAUUUAGGAAAUUAGCAGUCGAUUAGUAACUAGUGGUGAUUCAGUUUUAGUCAAUAUAAAUUAGUUUAUAGUACAUAUUAUUAUUAUUUCUACUAUGGUUACACGGAAAUUAUUUAGUUAGCUAAUAGAAUAAUUGGUGAUCGUUUUAUAAGU